AAUAAAAAUGGCCACCGUAACAACAAGACCCAACAUACGAAUAGAAAUACAAAAUAAUUUAGUGGAACCUAUGGAAGUCGACGAUGGGGAGGCACAACAAGAAACUGAAUUUGAAGACGGCGAAAUUACGGAAGAUCCUAGAACUCAACCGGUACCGGAAAGCAACACUUCUAGAAUAUGGAAUAAUAAAGAAGGGGGUUUCUCGACUGGUGCAGAUAUCUUCAACGAUAAGGAACAGGAAAAGCUGCAGGAUAGGGCGAAUCGUUUUGGGUUAACUCCCGAGGAGAUUAGUAACUUUACUAAUGAGGAUCUUCAAAGAUUACACAACAGUUUAGGAAUAUCGGGAAAUAUUGAAAAGGACGUUAGAUUUGAGGCAGUCCACAUGCGCGGGACGGAGGAAAUGAGCACCGAAGAUGUGUUCGAAUACUUCGCGAAAUAUUUGCCGUCGUCCGUCGAAUGGAUUGACGACGAAAGCUGCAACAUUGUUUGGCAGGACAAACUUUCCGCCGCUAGAGCAUUGCAUUUCACAUCUAAUGCCGUCAGGGGCAUGCCGGUUGACGGACCGUGCGAUCCCUUUUCCAAAAACGGCUCGGAGCCUGAAGGGGAAUGUCGAAGUAUACUACUAUCUAAUGAAACUCGUUCAAUCGAAAUUGCGAAAGAACCGGGCGAUAAUGAUGUUAACGACAAUGAGGUUAGCAUUAGUGAUAUUUCCGUGCCAAUUCCACCCGGAUACUGGCGAAGAGGUCUCGAUCAUCCGAAAAGUAAGGUUCUUUUACUUAGGUUUGCAUUUAAAACCGACCGGAAACCUUCGAAGGCGGAACGGUUUAGUGAAUAUUACAAAAAAUAUGGCAAUCCGAAUUUUGGUUUUUUGAAGGGGGUCAUUUCUGCUUCGUGCCGAAAUAAGUUUAAGGGAAUUUUUGAUCGUAACAAGGACAUAAAAAAGGCAAAUGGCAAUAGCAAAAAUCCUUGGGGAGAUUUGGCGGAAAACUGGAAUGAAGAUGAGCGGUUUAGUGAGCAGGCGUAUAUAGAUGAAACUCUGCCACCGCCUACGGUUGAGCCGGACAGUACUAAAAAGUCGGGUGCUGCUAAGGCAGAAGUGCUAAAACGUCUCGGAACAAAACGGCCCCAUAUUGAAGAAGCAGAUUUAGAGAAUAAUCAAGGUUCAAAGAAAAUAAGUAAAGUGCCCCGAAUGAGAAUGUACGCAGACGAGGAGGAAGUGAAAAUAAAACGAAAGAAGCAACUGUUACAACUGAAACAGCAACAAUCGGACGUAAACGAUCUUCGUAAUAUGAUAGGUAGUAAUAAAAGUAAAAUGGAUAAGACUGAGGUACACUCUGAUAAUGAUUUGGGGUCCAGAUUAAAAAAUAGGAAGCAGAAGGAAGAAGAGAAUAGAAGAAAGUUGGCGGUGUCUCGGCCAGUUCGCGAUUCCUACACUGACAAAAAAGUAAGGCACAAAUCUCCCGCCGAACAUGAACGACGAUCGAGACAUCGUGAUUCUGUAUCAAGAAGGUCACAUUAUAGGAAUAAAAUGCAUUCAGAUCGCUACGAACGACACAGAAGACAUCGUUCACAGUCAAACGAAGACUUGGAACACCAUAAACCGAAAAGCAAAGUUGCAGUUGUGAUAAAAACUCAGAAAAGGCCUACCGUUGCCUCCACCGUAUGGUCACGCAUAACACCAAAGAAGGAACGCUUGAAGACUGCCUCCGAGCGGCUACAAUCCAGACGAGAUUCGAGCUCUAGCAGUGAAAGCUCCAGCGCCGAUAGUAGCAGCAGUAGCAGCGAUAGUGAUUCGUCCGAUUCCUCCUCCGAGUCGGACGAGGAGAGUAACGAUGAGGAGGAGGAGAAUAAGAGUCCGGAAACGUCGACUAAAGCUGCUACUCAUAGACCUGGAUUUACGAAUCCAUCAGCGCUAGUUAGCGACAGGAAGAGUCCAUUGCGGAUUGAAAUUAACAAUGAUCAUUUUAAGGAGGAAUGACAUACGUAGAAAAUGUGAUUCAAUUUUAUAUUCUUUUCGCAUUUGUCAUGAUUGUUUUAUUUAUACCAAUUAAGUAUGAUGUACAUUUUACUAUUAAAAAUAAAUUAGGUUUAUUUGUC